AUGGGGAAACAGAAUAGCAAACUGGCCCCCGAAGUGAUGGAGGACCUGGUGAAGAGCACAGAGUUUAAUGAGCAUGAACUCAAGCAGUGGUACAAAGGAUUUCUCAAGGACUGUCCAAGCGGGAGACUGAAUCUCGAGGAAUUUCAGCAGCUCUAUGUGAAGUUCUUCCCAUAUGGAGAUGCCUCCAAGUUUGCCCAGCACGCCUUCCGCACCUUCGACAAGAACGGGGACGGUACCAUCGACUUCCGAGAGUUCAUCUGCGCGCUGUCCAUCACCUCCAGGGGCAGCUUUGAACAGAAGCUGAACUGGGCUUUCAACAUGUAUGACCUAGACGGGGACGGCAAGAUCACCCGAGUGGAGAUGCUAGAGAUCAUCGAGGCUAUCUACAAAAUGGUGGGCACGGUGAUCAUGAUGAAAAUGAAUGAGGAUGGCCUCACGCCCGAGCAACGAGUAGACAAGAUUUUCAGCAAGAUGGAUAAGAACAAAGAUGACCAGAUUACACUGGAUGAAUUCAAAGAAGCUGCCAAGAGCGACCCUUCCAUUGUACUACUUCUGCAGUGCGACAUUCAGAAAUGA